AAAUGUGAAAAGUUAGCAAACCCAUUGAAAGUAUUGAGCAAAAUCUGCAGCCUGUAAGAUGAAUCCUAGAUGAUAAAGUAACUUCCAGCACUGGGGUAUUUCACAACCAUUCAAAGGCAGCUUUCUACUUUCUAGGCACAUCAUAUCUCUCUCAUUCCUAGCAAAGAUGAAGACUCCAUUAAAAGUAAUUCUUGGUGUAGUUGUGACAAUUGUUAUUAUAGUUCUCGUGGUAAUAACUGCACUUCUUGUGUCAGUGACCAAAGAAGAUGGUCUUCGUGCUUUUACAUUUGAUGAUGUCUUCAAUAACACAUUUUACUACCAGCAAUAUUAUCACUUGUGGAUAUCAGAGAAUGAAUAUAUUCGCAAAAAUGAAGAUGGAAACGUCUUAAUUUAUAAUGUAGAAACUGGAAGGACGUCUACUAUUUUGACGAACACAACUUUAAAUGAUGUGAAUGCUACAAAUUAUCAACUUUCGCCAGACAGAAAAUUUGCAGUCUUCGAGAGCAAUUACAAAAAACAAUGGAGAUACUCUUACAUGGCAUCAUACCACAUUUAUGAUGUAGAGAAUGGAGCGUUUGUAAGAACAAAUGAGCUACCUCCCAAAAUUCAGUACAUUUCCUGGUCCCCAGUUGGCCAUAAGUUGGUAUAUGUUAUGGACAAUAAUAUUUAUUUAAAAAAUGAACCUGGACAACCAUCAGUUCCAUUAAGACGUGAUGGGAAAGAAAAUAAAAUAUUUAAUGGAAUUCCAGAUUGGGUCUAUGAAGAGGAAAUGCUUGGAACAAAAUAUGCUACAUGGUGGUCUCCAAGUGGUAAAUUUAUUGCCUAUGUUCAGUUCAAUGACACUGACGUACCAGCUAUAGAGUACCCUUUCUAUGGUGAAGAUCAGUACCCACAAACUAUAAAAAUACCCUAUCCAAAGGCAGGAGCAAAAAACCCAACAGUGAAAUUGUUUAUUGUAAAAGUCGAUGAUCUGUCGUAUUCCACAGCGCAGGUUCCUGUUCCUUCACUGAUCUCUUCAAGUGAUUACUGCUUUAGCUGGGUGACAUGGAUUCUGGAUAACAGAAUCAGUGUGCAGUGGGUGACGAGAAUACAGAAUGUAUCCGUUAUAUCAAUAUGCGACUAUGAGCAGAACUCAAAUACAUGGAUAUGUCCAAAGAACCGGCAGCAUAUUGAAGCAAGCAAAACAGGAUGGAUUGGUGUGUUCUUCCCCUCCCUUCCAGUCUUCACAUCAGAUAAUUUAUCAUAUUACCAAAUCCUCAGUGACCAGGAUGGCUAUAAACAUAUCCAUUAUGUCAAUGAGUCUACGGAUAAUGCUAUACAAAUAACAAGAGGACACUGGGAAGCAGUUUCUAUACUAUAUGUUAUGGAUAAAGCAAUAUAUUACACAAGUAAUGAAUAUGAAGAAGUUCCAGGAAGAAGGAAUGUUUAUAAAAUCUCCCUCCAAGGAACAUUUCGAGAAAAAAAAUGCCUCACCUGCACCUUAAGAAAGGACAGGUGUCAGUAUUAUUCCGCCAAGUUCAGCUCUAAUGCGAAAUACUUUUCCCUAAGCUGUUAUGGUCCGGGGCUUCCUGUAUUCACACUUCAUAAUGGCAGUACUAAUAAAGAACUCCAGGUACUACAGGACAACAAAAAGCUGGAAGCCAGUGUUCGCACAGUGCGGAUGCCAACACAGAGGUUUGGGAAUAUUAAGCACAAAGGAAUGAAAUUCUGGUACAAGAUGACUUUACCACCAAACUUUGAUAAGUCAAAGAAGUAUCCGCUCCUUCUUUAUGUAUAUGGAGGACCAUCAAGCCAGGAGGUACAUCAUACAUUUUCAAUUGGCUGGAAUGCCUAUUGGGCAAGCUCUGAGAAGAUCAUUGUUGCAUCAAUGGACGGCAGAGGAACCGCAUACCAAGGAGACAAGUUUAUGCAUGCAGUAUAUAGAAGGCUUGGAACACUAGAGGUUGAAGAUCAAAUAUUUGCAGUAAAACAAUUCAUUGAAAUGGGAUUCAUUGAUGAACACCGCAUUGCAAUAUGGGGUUGGUCAUAUGGAGGCUAUGUAACAUCCAUGGUCCUUGGUCAAAAUACAGGACUGUUUAAAUGCGGGAUUGCUGUUGCUCCUGUUUCAAACUGGGAAUAUUAUGCAUCUAUCUACACAGAGAGGUACAUGGGCCUUCCAACAAAAUCAGACAACCUUCAAAAUUAUCAGAAUUCAACUGUUAUGUCCCGAGCAGAGAAUUUCAGGAAAGUAGAUUACUUACUCAUUCAUGGAACAGCAGAUGAUAAUGUACAUUUCCAACAAGCUGCUCAGAUUUCCAAGGCUUUGGUCGAUGCCCAGGUGGAAUUUGAAGCAAUGUGGUACACAGAUAAGGAUCAUUCCAUUUCUGGAACUGGCAGAAGACAUCUAUACACGCAUAUGACUCACUUUCUUAAGAAAUGCCUUUCUCUGUCAUGAAUUACUGUAUAGUUGUUAAUUUCCUGUAUUUUAUAUACAGUAUAUGUGAAUGUAAUAUAUGAUUGACACUAAGGGCUUUAUUCAGGUUUGUUAGCAAACCAAAAAAGUUAGCAAUUUGCAAAACUAUGUGUAACAUGUGCAGAGAGAGUUCGAUUUGGGUGUGGUGUAUUCAAACUGAAAUCUAAAUUUCAGUGUAGAAAUAAAGCAGCCAGUAUUUACCCUGCACAGAAACAAAAUAACCCACCAAAUCUAACUCUCUCUGCACAUGUUACAUCUGCCCUACCUAGGACAACAGAGAGAAAAGAAGACUCUUUUGUGGGUGCACUCUUGACUUUGAACAAUGUAUGAAAUAUACAAAAUAUGAUAUAUAAUAAUAAAAUCAACUUUUAUUGACACAAAAUAAGAUAAGUAGUGGUUAAUGAAAGAAAUAACAGUCAAAAAGACAAUAUAAGCAAAAAAUUGCUAAUGUAUUAAUAAAAUCCCGGCUGACGGAGUUAAAUCUAGAUGUUAUAAGUAGUUAACUUAAAUAUUUGACGGUGCAUUCUAAUAACAGAUAGAUCCCUGUCCUGUGUUAGUGCCAAAAUGAAUGGUAUACAAAGCCUGAAUACUGAUUACAAUUGAGAAUAUAAAUUCCUAUGAUAUCCAGCUAAUACAAAAUAAAGAAGCAGUUGGAAAUAAGAUGGCAGUGUGAAUCUGCUGUCAAUGUUAGACAAUGAGCAUGUGGAACCAAUGUAUGCUCUACUAAAUUGAGUCCUCCUCAAUGGUCCCCCACUUGAGUACUGACCCAGCCCAACACUGAUUAGCUUCCAAGUUCGGACGGCUUCGGGCGUUUCCAGUGUGGUAUGAUAGUAGAGAGAGUAGGCGGUAAUUGGAAGCUCUGGAAUCACAGAUGAGAGUUCACAAAUUACAUAGUAUCAAGAAAGAGACAGAAAUUAGCAAAUAGAGGAAAAUAGAUGGAUCUGCUGCCAAUGUUAGACAGCGGUGUGGCCCUGAAUCAAUGGUGAGAGUCCAUGAAAUUAAAUGUAGAUGGGAAUAAGAAAAAAGAGUAAGUAGAAGUACCGGUAUGAAUUAGGUAUCAGCAAAAAGCAUAUAUCCUGAUGGACUAUUA